AUGAUCCUGCUGGGUGGUGAUUUCAGACAGACUUCAAACAUAGUCUUAAAAGGAUCACCUAUGGAUAUUAUAGAGAGUUCACUAUUGAGUUCUAGAUUAUGGAAGCAUUGCAAAGUAUUAAGAUUAAGUUUGCUUGAAAUUGGCAAUGAAACUUCAAAUGACGCAAAUGAUGAAGUUUUUAUUCCAGAUAAGUAUAUAGAGAAGCAUGAUUUAGUUGGGAAAAUCUUUGGUCAAGCGAAAAUUUCUCAAAGUGAUCCUUCUGUUCUGGAUAAAAUUAUACUUACCACAAAAAAUGAUCAUGCAAACAAGAUCAAUGAAGUGGUGGUACAGUUAGUAGAAGGUGAUUCAAAAAAUUAUGUGGGUGCAAAUUCAAUUGUGACUAAAGAUGCAAAUGAGUUUAUGCGCUUCCCACUAGAGUUUUUGAAUAAACAACAGCCUUCUGGAUUGCCACCUGAUAAGUUAAAUCUUAAAGUUGGAUCAGUUGUGAUGUUGUUAAGAAACUUAGAUCCACAAAAUGAUCUGCUUAACGGAACUAGAUUGUGGGUCAAGGAGCUAAAGGAGCAUUUCAUUGUAAGUGAGAUCAUAACAGGAAAGGCAAAGGGCAAAAUUGGUGUUAUUCCAAGGAUUGAUAUGCAACCUAGCGAUACACUCUUGCCAUUCGUUUUGAAAAGACGACAAUUUUCUGUUGUACUUUCUUAUGCAAUGACUAUUCAUAAGGCUCAGGGAUAG